ACAAUGGAACAUUGAAAAUAAAUACAACGUUGAAAUAAUUAGAUUAAAAUAUAUAUAUUGCACGUUUGACAUGUUUAUGUACUGUACUACAAAAUACAACCGGAGGAAAAAUAAAUCUGCUAAGCUACUUUAGCCAGCUAACUGAUGCUAAUUAGCUAGUUUUAGCUAGUUGAGUCACGGUGGUUAGCUUUCGCCGGAUAGUUAACACAUUAACACGUUAAAUACAGAUUUAAGUCAUUAAGCAUCACAAAUAUCUAUCACAAUUUUUAUUUGAGAAUUUUUAAUAUGAUUUAUAUGACUUAGCACUGUGGAAUAUUUAUUAUUAAGUUAGACAGCUGUGCUAAAAUGGCUAGUAACCGGCUCCAGUUCAGUUCUCUCCAGUGAUGCGUGUAAAACAAACUAUUUUUUUCCACAUUAAUUCCGCCAGGAAUUAGAGAAAGAAAGUUUAUUUUGAUUUACAUUAUAAUGUGUUUAAUAACUUUUAUUCCAGCAUGUUAAAGUUAGCUUGCUUUUUUGGAAAGUGCUGCAUCAGUGGCUGAGUGAACAAUGACAUCACACGUCACAGUACUGAGGUCAAAGGUCAAGGUUGCUUAUUUCUCACAUACAUAUUAUAUACAUGUGAUGUAAUGUCGUGAACUGUUUUUCCUUAGGGCCUCAUCCCACAGUGUAACCAUGAUACAGAUUAAAAACAGAAUAUAAUAAAAUCAGGUAGACUAUAUGAUAAAGUUUAGCAGGCUUUAGAGGAAUGAAAUGUAGAAUAUGAACUUACAUAAAUAGCAUAUGUUUAAAAAAAAAAAACAGAUAUACAGAGAGGUAGUGUGCUAAAAAUGUAUAGUCAGCUUGCUCCUCUACUGAUUCAGUCAUUUCUUUGGGUAAAAGAAAGCUAGUUUAUAAUCAAAACCACAAAUUCCAUCAAGCUAGUGUUGAUUCGGAUUGUUGUAUAGACAUAUCUAUAAGUUCUCAAAUUUUUUCGAGCCGGCCUUAUCUGGGAAAAAAAAAACUCAAAAAACCCCAUUGUAUAGAUUUAUUUUAAAUUUUUAUAAACUUUUUAAAGAUCUGGCUCAUUAUUUAAAAUUACGCAGUGAUAUUUUUGGCUGUUUAUUCGAGCCAUAGAGCUUUGUAUUCCUGAAUUUUCUUUGUUUUUGAGCUGGUGAGAUUGGGAUUAAUAACAGGCCCAGUCGAUUCACGUCAUCAGUUAAACAGAUCCGGAGUCUGUCCCAGGAACGCUGAGUCUGAGAUGGGAAUACAUCCCGGACUGGAUGCAAUACAGUACAUACACACUGACACCUAGGGGCAAUUUAGACUCGCCAAUCCACCUACUGCAGUGUGGGAGGAAACCGGAGAACCUGGAGGAAACCCAUACAGGAGAUCUUGUGAGAUUUCACAGAGAACUGUGAGGCGGCGAUGCUACCUGCUUAACCGCCGUGUCUCUUUAAUCACUAUAGUAACUCAUUACAGUGACUCAUUUCAAGAAUUUCUCUGUAUAUAGAUGCUCAAGCACUCUUUAUGCACAUGACAGUAAACUUGAAACUUAAUAAUUAUCAUACCUUUGAUAAUGUUGAGUUGUGAUUUUCAUCACUGUAAGAAUUUUUUUUUUUAAAUCACAGACUGGGCUUUUCCAUUUCGAGGCCCAACUCUAGUAUAACAUCAGCUCUGGGUGUUGAGAAACUUUUCACUGGUGCCGUAUUUCUUUUCCUCAUCAGGGACUCAGGAUGCUGCGAUUGCGGUGCAAGGCCAAGAACGGGACUCAUCUGAUGCAAGGCCUGACGCACCAGUCCUGUGUUCAGGAGCUGAAAGACAAGGUGGAAGAGCUGACAGGAAUCCCGUGCGACGUGCAGAAGAUCAUGGUGGGCUACCCACCCUCGAGCUUGGAUCUCCGCAACGGACAGGCACAUCUGAAAGAUUACCCUAUAAAAUCCGGAGACACGCUAAUUGUAGAGGAGGAAAAGAACAAGCCUAAAGUCACCACGCCGAAAACCCCUCUCUUGGACUGUACACCUGUGCUGGAGCGUCGCACUGUACCCGCUGACAACUCGUGUCUGUUCACUAGCGUUAAUUACGUGGUGGAGGGAGGCGUGUAUAACGCGGCCUGCGCGCCCGACAUGCGCCAGCUCAUUGCCCACAUCGUAGCCAGCGACCCCACCUCGUACUCCGAGGCCGUGCUGGGGAAAAGCAACGAGGACUACUGUGCUUGGAUCCGCCGCAGUGACACGUGGGGUGGCGCCAUCGAGCUCUCCAUCCUGUCUAAGUUCUACCAGUGCGAGAUCUGCGUGGUUGACACGCAGACAGUCCGCGUGGACCGCUUCGGCGAGGAUGCCGGCUACGGCAAGCGCGUGCUGCUCAUCUACGACGGCAUCCACUACGACCCGCUGCAGAUGCUCGUGCCCGGGACGGACUGCCCGCCGCAGACCAUCUUCUCCACUUCUGACGAUGUCAUCCUGGCGCAGGCGCUGGAGCUGGCCGACGAGGCGCGCCGCAAACGCCAGUACACGGACGUGAACCGCUUCGCGCUGCGCUGCAUGACGUGUCAGACUGGUCUGGUUGGACAGAAGGAGGCGAGGGAACACGCCAAGGAGACGGGCCACACCAAUUUCGGCGAGGUUUAAAACUCGGCUGCUCACAAACGUCAAACGUGUCUGUUACCACAACGCUACAUGUUCUCAUGAUUUCACAGCUGUGUCUCAGUGCUGUUCUCUACCUCACGUUAUUCUGAUCCCCCUCCCUUUCAGUAUUGCAGCUAUGGAUGACACUGGGUAUUGACGUUCUCAAGUUUGAAGCAUUAAUUUGGUGUGUGUGUGUGUGUGUGUGUGUGUGUGCGCGCGCACAGGUACAGUAUUGUAAUAACAUUUUUAAAAAAAUUUAUUAGUAGCAGUUGAGUCUGUUGCCUAAUCGACUGAGCCUCGAUUCAAACCAAAACUUAAGGGUGCUUUCACAUAUGCAGUGUUUAGUCUGUUUGAAUCGAACGAUUCAAACGGAGCGAUUUGGCGCAGUUUGUUUUUGCAGGUGAGAACACAGCAAUCGCACUCGGGUGAGGACCGAAACAACCGGUCCGAGGGCGUGUGAGUAAGGUGGACUCGGUGCGGUUCCAGUCGAACUCUAGCGCUGAAUCGACUUAAAUACAGGAAGUGAAUGAAGCAUGUCGUGUGUUUUGGGUUACGGAUGACAUGUUUCUGUAGAUGCGAGCUGCUAAAAUGAGCUGCGAGGAGCAAACCGAGCCAAAGGACAGAGGUGUGGUACUGCAGAAAUGUGAUGUUUUGGAGAAUAUAAACAGUGGAUGCGAUACACAAAACGUCUAGUGAUAUACUGAAAGCGUCCUCGCUGUUCUCUGUGCUCGGGUGAUUAUUAUGAUUUUUAUGCACACUUGGCAAGGGCUUGCUUACUUUAUUCUGUCAUUUAAAAAUUCUACACAUGCUUUUUCAGCCCUACAACCCCCUCAGUCAGUGUUUUCUUUUGCUUUUUGUUUCCACUAUCAAUUUCGCUCUGAUUCGGACUCAGACCAGAUGACCCGAUAAAUAGGUGUGAAAGCACCUUCUAACUUACAGAACCAUCACAGAGAAAAUGGCAUCAUCACAUUUGUUGCACAUUUUCUAGGGAUGCAUUACUUUUUUUUUUUUUUAAAUUUUCAUUAUGGUACAGAUAUCACAACUUUAUGUAUCAACCAAACCCAAUGUUGAUCCAGUACUGACGCCCUCACAGUAACAUUUGCCUAAAUCGGAGGCGUGAUGGUGAUGUAAGACUUUAAGACAAUUUGUGUCAUGCGUUCACGUGCAUGAUCUGCGUUCUGUCAGUCAACAUCACAGGCAUUCACGGCAUAAAAUACAUCAGUGAAUCCGGCGCUCUGUUACACAACUAAAGGAAAAAUCCACCCUCAACAAAGUGCAUAUUAAUCUUUAGUAUUAACGUGUGACCUUUGUAAUGACAUUUUCUGACUUUUUUUUUUAAGUUUAAACUUCUUUCACUGACUUGUUACUCUAUUUUUAAUGGUUUCCUGCAUUUCACCUUCAGAUAGUAGUGCAGUGGGAUUUAGCUCUUGCUUCAUCUUUACAUAUAGAGGGUGAUGCAGCGGCGCUUUAGUCCUUUAAUCUGUCCAGCUCUCUCAUCUCCUCAUCUGUACACUCUGCUCAAACAGCUCAGCUUCCAAAGCUUCAGCUUUUCACGCUAAUACCACCUUCGAUGCCAUCACGCUUGUCAUCUCGUACACCGCUAACUAGCCAAGCCGAACAGUUCAGCUGCAUCAUUUACCUGCAUUGCAUCCUGGGACUUUAAGUUCAACUUUUGCACCAAUCAACAAAUUAGCACCAGAAUCCCUAAACACAUCAUAAAUAUUUCAAUAUAAAGAUAUUUAAUGUGUUUCAGGGUGAAGUUUUCCUUUAAUCUGGUGUAGAGAGAGCAUUCAAUGUGAUGCUUUCAAGCCGCAGUGCUUUUGAGAAACUCGGCUCAGAUUACAGUCCGAUCCAGCGAUCCAGUUUUGGUAUUGGAUCAGUACAUCCUUUACGUUCUCAGAACCAUCGAUGGCACUACAUGGUCUUAAACGCUCAGUGUCUGAAUAUUAACUGUUACUUGAAGUGCUUGCAGAGGUGUACGAUGGUGAACACAGUUCUGUAUUUGCUCUUAUCUGAGCUUCUCAUCUGAAGUAUUUAUUAAACUUCAUGAGAGUUCAGGCCUUCAUGUUUGUUUGUAGAGGUAACGGUGCUGAUGGUGGACUCAGUUACACAUUAAAUUGCGCAGUGGUGUGCAUUUCUGUUAACGGCAUAUGCAAAACACUUUGCAGAUUGGCUCUGAAGUUUGUUUUAGCGACUGCUGUGGCAGAGAGUUGUUGGUUUUGUUUUGUUGGGUUUUUUUUUUCUUCAGUGGAGAAUUGUGUCAUAUCAGACUUUACUGAAACACUGGGGCAAACAUUACUCCAUAACUUUAUUGCGUAUACUAAGUACGAGUGGAUAAACAGUAUACAGAAUGUAUUCCAGUUAUGAAAACUCAAUGCAUUUACAGUCAGGUAUUGUCCACACACUACAAAGCUUUCUAAGUUAUUUUACGAUUUUAAUUUUUUUUCCAAAAUUGUUCCACUGUGAGGCCAAAGGAAAUCUGUUAAUAUCAUUAAACUGUUCUCUCUCCUUUUUUUUUUUUUGUUAGAUUUUGAAAAUAGUAUAGUUUCUUUGUGUUAUUAAUGUGAGAUUAAAUCUUCAUUACUGAGUAAGAUGUGAGUGGGCGAGAAACUGCAUGUUGAAGUGGUGAAAAAAGAAAUAAAGGUUACGUUGCGGCA